AUGUUCGGAGGAAAAAUGACUAGCAUUGGGAAGAAGCUGAUCCGCCGGCGUAUGGUGGAUCUGAGCUCUGAGGACACACGUUUUGCUCGCUGCCUCUCCACACUGGACCUCAUAGCCCUUGGGGUGGGCAGCACACUGGGGGCUGGUGUGUACGUGCUGGCUGGGGAGGUGGCCAAGGAGAUGGCUGGUCCAUCCAUCGUCCUCUGCUUCCUGGUGGCUGCUCUCUCAUCGGUACUGGCUGGACUCUGCUACGCAGAGUUUGGGGCCCGCGUCCCCAAGACCGGCUCUGCCUACCUCUACAGCUACGUCACUGUUGGCGAGAUCUGGGCUUUCACCACUGGCUGGAACCUCAUCCUCUCCUACGUGAUAGGCACAGCCAGCGUGGCUCGAGCCUGGAGUGCAGCAUUCGACAACAUCAUUGGCAACCACAUCUCCACCACCUUCAUGAACAAGACCACACUGCAUCUGCCAGGUGUGCUGGCGGAACGUCCGGAUUUCUUUGCCCUGAUCCUGAUUGGGCUGCUUACUGUGCUGCUGGCCUUCGGUGUCAGCGAAUCCGCGCUUGUCAACAAAAUCUUCACGGCGGUGAACCUGGUGGUGCUGGGCUUUGUCAUCAUUGCCGGCUUUGUAAAGGGAGACAUCAAGAACUGGCAGCUCUCGGAGGACUACACCAACCACUCGCACCUGGACCUGAGAGAUGACAGGAAAAAAGCUUUUGGCUCUGGUGGGUUUGCUCCCUUUGGACUGGAAGGGAUCCUGACUGGUGCUGCUACCUGUUUCUACGCUUUCGUGGGCUUUGACUGCAUCGCCACCACAGGGGAGGAAGCCAGAAACCCACAGCGCUCGAUCCCCAUUGGCAUCAUUGUGUCCCUCCUCAUCUGCUUUGUGGCUUAUUUUGGAGUCUCUGCGGCCCUGACACUCAUGGUGCCCUACUUCCUCCUGAACAAGGAGAGCCCCCUGCCUGAGGCUUUCAAGGCGGUGGGCUGGGAGCCUGCCCGCUACGCUGUUGCCGUCGGCUCUCUCUGUGCCCUCUCUACCAGCUUGCUGGGCUCCAUGUUCCCCAUGCCCCGUGUGAUCUAUGCCAUGGCGGAGGAUGGGCUGCUCUUCAAGUUCCUCUCCAACAUCAAUGGCCGCACAAAGACCCCUCUGUCAGCCACCAUCACCUCAGGGCUCCUCGCGGCGGUGAUGGCCUUCCUGUUUGACCUGAAGGACCUGGUAGACCUCAUGUCCAUCGGCACGCUGCUGGCCUACUCCCUGGUGGCGGUGUGUGUGCUCAUCCUCCGGUACCAGUCCAGGCAGCUGAACUCCCCGAAGGCCAUGGAGAUGCUGGAGCUGAACGGGAACGAGGAGGAGAGGGUGAUCAUGAACCCAACUGUCACUGCUACCAGCACCCAGCAGAAAGAGAUGCUGCGCAUUGUCUACAUCUGUGUCUCGGUCAUUGCCACACUGAUCACAGUCAUCUGCGUAGUUGUCACCCUGAAGGUGACCGCACUGAAGGAUGCCAGUGUGGGAUGGAUCGUGGCCCUGGUGCUGCUUCUUGUGGCUCUGCUCAUUCCCACCAUCAUCGUUUGGAGGCAGCCGCAGAGCAACGCACGGUUGAACUUCAAAGUACCUUUCCUCCCGCUCCUGCCAAUCUUCAGCAUCUUCGUUAACAUCCUGCUGAUGGUACAGCUGAGUGCUGGCACCUGGGUGCGGUUUGCCAUCUGGAUGGCCGUGGGUUUUAUCAUUUACUUCAGCUAUGGGAUUCGGAACAGCGUGGAAGGGAAAAAUGUGGAGGAACCCUGUGCCACAGUAGAAAAGCCUCUGCACCACCCUGGACUGGACCUCGGUCCUGGGGCUGCUGAGGUCUGA